GUUCAAAGAUGAAAGCAUUUUAACUUAGCAACUUUUCUCCUGGUGAUAUGAAUUUCUUAGGUCAGAGGACAUGGCUUCUAGUCCCAAAGUACCUCUUACCACUAUGGAAACAAAAGAACAGACAUCUACUCAAGAACUUCUGGAAAGCAGCUUGCAGAUUCAGAAGUCACCAGAACCUGAGGUUAUGUCAACUCAGGAAGAUAUGUUUGACCAAAGCAAUAAAACAGCUUCUGAUGCUUGUUCUACCCCUUCAAGGGAAGAAGGUGGGUGUUCUCUGGCUUCCACACCUGCCACCACUCUGCACCUCUUGCAGCUUUCUGGUCAGCGCUCUCUUGUUCAAGAAAGUCUUUCUACGAAUUCCUCAGAUCUUGUUGCUCCUUCCCCUGAUGCUUUGCGAUCUACCCCUUUUAUUGUUCCUAGCAGUCCCACAGAGCAAGAAGGGAGAACAGGUAAGAGUUCUUUUGAUACUCAUUUCAGAUUAGGAAUGAAAUUUAUGUCUUGCAUUUGUACUAUUCCUUUGUGUUUGGACAGGGAUGUGAACUGUUAAGUAGGAUUCAUGUGU